AUGUCGCUACUACCGAGAGCCAUGGACUCACUACUUACGCUACGGCAAGCAGAAGGCGACGGUGCCGAGGCCGAAGCGGGCUUCAAUGUUACGGUUCAAUGCGACACCGGCAACGAGUACGACGGCCGCAUGGGCUUGCGCAUCUCCUCCAUCUUCGUUAUCAUGGUCGGCUCCCUGCUCGGUGCUGUCGCGCCCAUCAUUUUGGCUCGGGGCGCCAAAAUGAACGUCAACGGCACUGCGUUUUUCAUCGCCAAAUACUUUGGCUCCGGAGUCAUCAUUGGGACUGCAUUCAUGCACCUUCUCUCCCCUGCAUUCGCCGCCCUCACCUCGCCCUGUCUGCCGGACGGCCCCAUUAAUAGCUAUGACUGGGCUGCUGGCAUCUGUCUAAUGACCAUUUUCGUCAUGUUCACCAUCGAGCUUCUGGCCAGCCGCUUCGAUAUCUUCGGCCACAACCACGAAGAGGCCGAGGCGUCGGAUCCGUCGCUGGAUGUCCUUAAGAAGGGUUCUCUGGCCUCGAGCAGCCCGUCGCCUCACCGUCAUCAUGCGAGCGAUGACAUUGAGAUUGGCAGCCCACGGAAGGACCAGGACCGCGAUACCACCAGCAAUCCCGCCACCGGCUUCCACGCCCCGGGUCUGCCCAACGAUGUCAGCUAUCCCCCGGGUGGUCAGGACCACCUGGGGCACCACCGCGACCACCAAGAUGACGACGACAACGCCGCUUUUGCCGCGCAGAUGACGGCGCUCUUCAUCCUCGAGUUCGGUGUCGUGUUUCACAGCAUCUUCAUCGGUUUGACGCUGGCCGUCGCGGGCGACGAGUUCACCGUUCUCUACAUCGUCCUCGUCUUCCACCAGACCUUCGAAGGUCUCGGUCUCGGCUCUCGCCUAGCGACCGCGCAGUGGCCGGCCUCCAAGAAGUGGAUGCCGUAUCUGCUGGGGGUGGGAUAUGCCCUCAGUACCCCGAUUGCCAUUUCCAUCGGCUUGGGCGUCCGCACAAGCUUGCAGCCGGGAAGUCCUACAACUUUGAUGAUCAAUGGCAUAUUCGACGCUAUCAGCGCUGGAAUCCUCAUCUACACGGGCCUGGUGGAGCUUCUUGCUCAUGAGUUCAUGUUCAACUCGCACAUGCGCAAUGCUGGUCUGAAAGUGCAACUCUACGCGCUCGGUUGUGUUGCCCUCGGCUCUGGUCUGAUGGCAGUGCUUGCCAAGUGGGCUUAA